GCGAAAACGAAACUUAUGGUGCUCUGCGGUGUCCAUUGGAACAAGCUGAAUCAGGAAGAAACUCGUGACUGAACAAUUCAAGAGACUCCUAACAACGCUUCUCUUUCGUUUACUGAAACGGAGACCAAAACAAUGGCUGAAGGUAAAACCAACAUCUCUGAGCAAAUAGAAGAGGACUUCCUGCUGUGUAAGAUCUGUUUUGAGGUGUACAGGACACCUCGUACCCUGUCCUGCCUUCACUCUUUCUGUGAGCCAUGUUUGGAGCUGCUGCUGGACAAACAGGAGGGCACAGUGACCUGUCCAGAGUGCCGUGCAGUCAGUGACCUGCAGGGCUGUGUCCGUAACGCCAAAGCCAGCUUCUUCAUUAACAGCCUCCUGGACCUUUUCCGCUCCAAGACCACCAAACAAACAGUCUGUUCACUGUGUCCGGCCUUGGGUAAGUCUGCAGUGCCUGCAUCCUCUCGUUGUCUGGACUGUGCCGACUUCCUCUGUGCGUCCUGUGCCCAGGGCCACUGCCUCUCCAAGUUAACGCUGCAGCACACAGUGGUAAGUCUGGAGGACUACUUGGCUGGAUGCUACGACGAGGAGGCCCGGAGUAAGCAGGAGCGCCACUGUCCGAACCACCAAGAGCCUCUGAGAUUCUAUUGUAACACCUGCUCCAGCACCAUCUGCAGGGACUGCCGGAUGCUGGAGCACUUCUCCCAUGAGGUGCUGUCCCUGGCCCAGGCCACCACGGCCAGGAGACCCCAGCUAGAAAAGCUCAUCAGCAGCCUGGAUGGCAACAUGGAAAGCCUGUCUCAACAUCAGCAGGAGGUGGACUCCGCCAUACAGAAGCUUAAGGACACAGAAGCUGGCUUUAUGGACCAACUCUCAGGAAAAAUUGCAGUUAUAAUGGAACAGCUUUUUGCUCAAAGGGAUGCUGUUCGUAAGGACUUGUCCAUCUUCAUUGAACAGCAGGAGCAAAAAUACCAGUCAAUUAAAAAGGAUCUCUGUGAUCAUAUCAACUCAGCACAAAAUACCAAAGACUUCUCCUCACAAGUCAUGCAGAAGGGAAAGGAUUAUGAAAUACUGGAUCUGGAGGAGACCAUUCAGAGGCAAAUUGAGAGACUCCAGAAAUUCAGCAUCCCAGAUAUUGAGAGUAAAACACCUUUGCUGAUGGUAAAAGGAGACAUGUUCAGUGGAAUGUUCCAGUUAACAUUUGAUACAACUAUUGAUUCACAGAAAAAUCCAACUGUGUCAGACACCAGCAUCGAACAAGAGCCCCAGACAUUAGCUCUGAAAACUGCUGAGUCACACCCUCAAACAUCCACCACCCUUCCAGCUCAACCACUCCAGGCCUCGCAGCUGACCCCACCUCCACUUGCAACUCCACUUGCAUUUCCGCACAUCAACAUUCCAGCUUCUUUCAUUUUCAUCCGUACUUUUGACACCGAUGAUGACCAGAACCCAAAUUAUGAAAAUAUAACGGGCAUUAGUCUGUGCCCAAGCCGGGACAUAGUGAUUGCAGAUAACAGUAACUUCAGUAUAAAGCGAAUAAUCCGAAAUGGACAAAUAAGGGAAGACAUAAGCACUGAGGACAGAGGCUGGAAUGAUCUUCAGCCCUUCAGUGUUGCGGUGUGCGAUGAUUCCAUUUUCUUUACGUCAGGGUCUAGGCUGUACAAGGUCCCAGAUGACCAGUGUGAUGAUAUAGUUCAGGUCUGCAACUUGCGAGGGUCCCACAAGGAGUACUCCAUUGCUGCUUAUGAGAAUGAAUACAUCGCUGUGAGCGAAGGCACGUCCUGCUCUUUGUCUCUGUAUGACCCUGACGGCGUGUUAGUGGACAGAGUUAAUCCCGACUACAAUGGAAAAUUUGUUUUUUUGGCAGUGAACAGCUGUGAAGAGUUCAUCCUCUGUGACACAUCAAAUAAGUGUGUUAUUGUCCUGAACCGUGCAGGGGACAUUGUGAACAUAUGCAAUAUUGUUGAAUAUUUUUCUUUUAACCCCAGGAGUGUCUGUGUGGACAAGUGGGAUAAUAUUUAUGUUAUGGAUGGGAAGAGGAUCCUGUUGCUCUCUCCCAGAGGUGAUUUUGUGCAGGAGCUGAUGACAUUCGAUGGUCACUAUACACCAAAGCUCAUAGCUGCAGAUGAUCAUGGACACCUCAUAAUGGUCAACAAGAAAGGAACUAUCAGAAUCUACAGAGCCCAACUGUAGCUCAUCGUCUGCAUUAAGACACAAUUAGUCGAUUGCUUUUUGUUGUAAAACUCAGACUAUGGGUGACAGAUGUACAUUUUGUUAUCACUGCACAGCACAAAUGGUCAAUAGGAAUUAUGCCAGCAGUGAGAAUUCAGGUCAGUGUAGCUCUGUCCUCUAGCAGAGCAUUGAAGUGGAUCAUCACCGUGAAGGAGAAGUUAUCAGUGUUUAAACUACAUACAUUCCACUUUUUUGUUUCUAUACACAUUCCAAUGUGUAAUUACUUUGUUGAAAUAUUAUUCCCAUAUUGUAAUAUUUUUCUUGUUUCUUUCAUGUUUUGAAGGCAUUUGUGUUUGUAGCAGUCCUGUUAUAUGGACAAAGAUAAAAGGCUAACUUUCAGGAAAUGGAUAAAUAACAUACACUAUAUGCAGCAUUUUUCAGUCCACCGACAUUUACAUUUUUAUGGACCAAUUCAUAUUUUAGUGUAACUGGUUUGUAACAAAGAAAUUAUUGCAAUUCUGUGUUGGUGUAUAAGUUUUCUGCAUUUGUUUUUGUCAAAAAUCUUUCAAAAAUUAAGAUGAUUCAUCUCUUUAGAAAUUCAUCUCUUUUGUAAAUCAUACAUAUUUUGGAAGCAGCUUGUUCAAAUCAGUAUUUGUAGAAAAAAUAAUGUUGUAUACAGGCAGUUUUGCUCAAUAAACUUGAUUAAUGUUAUAUUUCUAUGA